AUGGAGGGGGCUCUCAAGGGCAGUUACGCAGUACCCUCUAAAGGGGAAGAGCACGUCGUACAUGAUGUUGAGAAUCCUCCACCACCACAUCCUGGCUCUGACGCUGGAAGCGUUAUUGUUGAUGAUGGACGAAUUGUUACCCAGCAUGAACAGCUAGGAUUACUUCGGGGGUUAUCGCAGCGACAUGUUCAGAUGAUUGCGAUUGCGGGUGCCAUUGGCACGGGAUUGUUCCUUGGACUCGGUAGUUCCAUUGCUACCGGUGGUCCAUUAGGUGCUUUAUUAGGUUAUGCACUUGUUGGACUUAUUGUAUGCGCUAUCCAGUUCGCACUUGGUGAAGUCUCCGCCUUACUCCCUGUAACGGGUUCUUUCGUCCGUCACGCCGAGGUCCUCGUUGAUCCCGCAUGGGCAUUUGCAGUUGGUUGGAAUGUUGUCUACGGGUGCUUUAUCAGUGUCCCGAGUGAGAUUUCUGCCUCGGUAGUACUGAUCCAGUACUGGACGGAUAUCAAUGCCGCGGUAUGGGUGACUAUUCUCAUCGUUGUAUCUGUUGCCGUUGCGGUUUCGUUCAUCGGCGUCUACGGAGAAAUCGAGUUUGUUUUCGCCAUUUUGAAAAUCCUCCUGGUUGUCUUUGUCGUCAUUCUGGGAUUGGUUAUUGAUCUUGGUGGUGUACCGGGAAAACCACGAUUAGGCUUCCAUUACUGGAAACAACCUGGUCCAUUUGUGGAAUACAUUGCCUCCGGUUCGUGGGGCCAGUUUCUUGGUUUUUGGGCCGUCAUGACAAAUGCCGUUUACUCGUUCGCUGGUGUUGAGUCUUUAGCUAUGGCAGCUGCUGAGACUAAGAAUCCGCGACAAAAUAUUCCCAAGGCCUGUAAGAGGGUCUUUGCAAGAGUUACCAUCUUUUAUCUUCUUGCUGUUUUGAUCGUGGGCAUGUUAGUUCCUAGUACCGAUCCUCGACUUGGUGAUGACUCCGGAACAGCUGCGACAAGUCCUUUCGUUAUUGCCGCUAGUGAUGCGGGUAUCAAUGCUAUUCCAUCGAUUGUCAAUGCUGUUUGUCUCGCUUCUGCGUGGUCAGCUUCGAAUCAGAGUAUUCUGGCUGGAACGAGAACUCUCUAUGGUCUUGCGAUUAAGGGACAUGCUCCGAAGAUCUUUCUUCGCACUAAUAAAUGGGGUGUGCCAUAUUUUUGUGUGUCGUUGCAAGUUGCUUUCUCUUUUCUGGCAUAUAUGUGUGUGUCUAAUAGUGCUAUGACGGUGUUUUGGUGGUUUGUUGAUCUUACGGCUGCUGGAUCUUUGAUCUCGUGGAUUUCUAUUGCAUUGAAUCAUAUUCGAUUGCUCCAAGCGUUUAAGGAGCAGGGAAUUUCUCCGCAUUCAUUGCCGUGGCAUAACAGCAUUACUAGAUACACCAGCUGGUUCGCUUUGAUCGGUUGCACUGUCAUCUUGUUGACAGGAGGCUUCGCGGUAUUCACGAAAGGAAGCUGGGACCCAGCCACAUUCGUGUCUUCCUAUCUAGAUAUCCCGCUUGUCUUAUUCGCAUACGGAGGCUAUAAGUUGAUUCGCCGUACGAAGAUAGUACCAUUGAGUAUGGUGCCAAUUCGCCAGGCACUAGAUGAAGCUGAAAAUGAUCCUGAAAAUGUACCACUCACGAAGGAUACGAUAUGGCAAAAGAUUAAUAUCUUUUGGGGCUGA